AUGAAUCUAAAAAUCUAUCUUUUUAUACCUCUGGUGAUUAUUUUCGGAACUGUUCAUUCUAAAACUCGUCCAAAAACUCCAGAUGAAAUAUGUGCUUUACCAUUGAAAAAAGGUUAUUGUCUACAAAAUAUACCACGUUUCUAUUAUAAUUCACUUGAAAAUAAAUGUCUACCAUUCACUUAUAAAGGAUGUGGUGGAAAUGAAAAUAGAUUUAAAACUAAAGAAGCCUGUGAAAGUAUGUGUAUGAAAAAGACAACAAUGAAAUCUAUAAAUAAUCAAUCAAGAACAACAUCAUCAUGGCAAAAAGUUAAUGAGACAACGACACGAAUCAUUAAUUUAACAAAAUCAACUUUACAGAAAAAAUAGAAUGAUUUAAACAUAUCUAAAAGUAUUAUAAAUGUCUUUUUCAAAUGUUGUAUGUAAUAGAAAUAAUAAAAUUUUUGUCAAGUUUUA